AUGGCUCCCACCAUCAGCUGCAUGCUCUUGGCAGUGCUGAUUUCUGCUGGCUGUAAAGUUAUCACCUCCUCGGAUCAGAUGUGCACUGAGAAAGAAGUCAACAAAACAUAUAACUGUGAAUAUUUAGGUCUUAGCAAAGUUCCUGACUUUCUACCAAACACAACAGAAGUUUUGGAUUUCAGCUUUAAUUUCUUGCCUACAAUUCAAAAUACAACCUUCAGAAGGCUCAUUAAUCUCAUCUUUUUGGAUUUAACCAGGUGCCAGAUCAACUGGUUACAUGAAGAUACUUUUCAAAGCCAGUAUCAAUUAAGCACAAUUGUAUUGACUGGAAAUCCCCUGAUAUUCAUGGCAGAAACAUCACUAAAUGGACCCACUUCUUUGAAGCAUCUCUUCUUAACACAAAUAGGAAUAUCCAGUCUCAAGUUUAUUCCGGUACACAAUCUGGAAAAUUUGCAAAGUUUGUAUGUCGGAAGCAAUCACAUUACCUCUAUAGAGCUCCCAGAAAACUUCCCAACACAGAAUCUGAAAGUCCUUGAUUUUCAAAAUAAUGCUAUACACUACCUCAUGAAGAAAGAUCUGGACUCUCUAAAGCAGGCUACCAAUCUGAGUAUUAACCUUAGUGGCAAUGACAUCAAAGGUAUUGAACCUGGGGCUUUCCAUUCAAAAAUCUUCCAAAAAUUGAACUUUGGAGGAACUUUUGAUGUGUCUGUUAUAUUUCAAGGUCUGCAGAAUGCUACUAUUCAAUCUCUCUGGCUUGGUAGAUUUGAGGACAUGGAGGACAAAGACAUUGAUUCGGGCAUGCUUCAGGGACUUUGUGAAAUGACUGUUGAGAGCAUCAACUUACAGAAGCACUAUUUCUCUCCCAUCUCGUCUACCACUUUUCAGUGUUUCACACGACUCCAGGAACUGGAUCUCACAGCAACUCACUUAGAAGAACUGCCCUCCAGCAUUAAGGGCAUGAGCUCACUCAAGAAAUUAGUUCUCACUGCAAAUCAUUUUGGCCAGUUGUGUCAAAUCAAUGCUGCCAAUUUUCCGUCUCUGACAAGUCUCUACAUCAAAAGCAACACAAAGAAACUUGAUCUUGGUGUUGCCUGCUUAGAAAGUCUAGAAAAUCUUCAGACGCUUGACUUAAGCCAUAGUAACAUAGAGGCUUCUGACUGCUGCACUCUGCAACUCAAAAAUCUCCAUCACUUGCAGUCCCUAAACCUGAGCUAUAAUGAGCCCCUCGGGCUCCAGAACCAGGCAUUUCAAGAAACCCCUCAGCUUGUACUGCUGGAUUUGGCGUUCACCAACUUGCACGUUAAUGUCCCACAGAGUCCCUUCCAAAACCUCCCUCUCCUGCAGUUUCUCAAUCUCUCUCACUGUCUCCUUGAUACCAGCAAUCAGCGUCUUCUGGCAGGCCUGCUUGACCUCCGGCACCUGAACUUACAGGGAAAUCGCUUUCAAGAUGGUAGAAUCUCAAAGACCAAUCUGCUUCAGACAGUAGGCAGCCUGGAGAUUCUAAUUCUGGCCUCCUGUGACCUCCUUUCCAUAGACCAGCAAGCACUCCAUGGCCUUGAAAAAAUUCACUAUGUAGACUUAAGCCACAACAGGCUGACAGGCAACAGCAUUGACGCUCUUAGUCAUCUUAAGAACAUCUACCUCAAUCUGGCUGACAACAACAUUGACAUCAUUCCUUUCCAUGUCCUCCCCACUUUGUCCCAGCAGACCACCAUCAAUUUAAGCCACAACCCUCUGGACUGCACUUGUUCUAACAUUCAUUUCUUCAUGUGGUUCCUAGAAAACCUGCAAAAGUUUGAAGGCUUGGAGGAGACUGUGUGUACAAACCCCCCACUUCUUAGGGGAGUGAAACUGUCGGAUGUGAAGCUGGUCUGUGGGAUUACAGCUGCAGCUAUUUUUGUUCUCAUAGUAUUUUUAUUCUUGUUAAUUGUUCUGCUCAUUUUCUUCAUUAAAUGCCUUCUUAGGCGGAAAUACCAAAACAUUUAG